UAUUUUACCUUCUUUGGAUUAAGAUUAAUUGUAAAAAAUGUAAAAAAAUGUAGAUAUAAAUUUGAAUGUAAAAAAAAAUCAUGUUAAAUAAGAAAAAUUAACAGAAGACGUAUAAGAAGAUAAUCAAGAAGAAAACUAAGGAGAAGUUGAAAAUUAAGAAGAAGAAGAUGAAAACUAAGAUGAAAAUGAAUAAAAUUAAGAUGAAGAAGAUGAAAAUAUAGAUGAAGAAGAUGAAAACAUAGAUGAAGAAGAUGAUAAUAUAGAUGAAGAAGAUGAAGAUAUAGAAGGAGAUGAUUAAAAUAUAGAAAGAGAAGAUGAUGAUGAUGAUAAUUAAGAUGACGAAGAUGAUGAAAACGGUUCAUUAAUUGAUGAAGAUGAUUAAUAAGAAGAAGAUGAUGAAGAAGAAGAUGGAUAUUAAUAAAAAAAGAAAUUUAAAUCUAAUAAUUAUAGUGAAAGUUAAGAUUAAUGA